AUGUCUUUGAACACGAUUCGUAAUUUCUCGUCCACUGCGAAAAGACAUAUUCUCAGUUUGAUUGGCAAGGUGACCAUAGAGGAUGUCCGCAAAACAAACGGCUCUAAAGGGGACGAAUGGGUCGCAUCAGUCCAAAAGAUAAGAGAUGAGGUGGAAACUCAGUACAAUGUUGUGACCAGCUACGAAAUCCAAGGUGCCAAAGCCCAUAAAUCUUCCAAAGAUCCGACGGACCCGGACGAUGUGAUCACUGUUGGCUUUUAUAGCCAGAAUGGCACGAGGCUACUGAGCGGUCAUGUUCAUGCAGAUGGCACAUACAAACUCACUGAGAGUCGCGCAGGGAAGGGCAAGGGAAAAGGGCAGCAAGAGAAAUGA